AUGCAAUCCUACUCAUACCAAUGGCCGCUCUAUGUGGUCGAAUUCAAAGCCGGCCGCAAAGAUUUCUUCCACACUACCGCCCUGUAUGGCAUGCCGGUGAAACGCGGCGAUCUUGUCUUGGUUGAAGCUGACCGCGGCAAAGAUCUCGGAAAGGUCAUCCACGACAACAUUCAAAAUCUCCAAAUACUUCAGAUGUAUCAGGCACAACACGUGGACUCCCUCCCGGAGUGUCACAGUCCCACCAAGGAAGUGCAUCCGAAAAGAAUAUACAGAGCAGCCGGGCCUGCGGAGGUGACGAUGCUCGUCUCCAAGAGUCAGGACGAAGCGAAAGCUAUGGCAAUUUGCCAAGCUAAGAUUCGGCAGAAAAGGUUACCGAUGGAGAUCGUUGAUGCGGAAUAUCAAUGGGACCGGCGGAAAUUGACCUACUACUUUGUGGCUGAGGGACGAAUCGAUUUCCGCGAAUUGGUACGCGAGUUGUUUAAAAUCUACAAGACACGCAUUUGGAUGUGCGCCGUGAAUCCCAUGAAACCCCUCAUACCUGAAUAUUGA